ACGACUCGGCACUAUGUUCUCAUUUGUCAUCAUGCCAGGAGAGUGAAGGUGGUGUUAGCUAGACACAUUUCAGGCACCUUCGAGCCAAUUUGAAUUAUCGUAACAUCUAUUUCUUUAUCAAUAUUUUUUUGUUUACGUGCACAUCCCGUGGAUGAGAUGCACACACCAUAACUAUAUCUGAAGUGACAAGUCUAUAGACAACGUUGCCCUAGUCCAGGGUUGGCGGGAUGGACGUUUUGGUGGUGGGUGUGCCUGGCAGUGUCUGUUAAGGAAGACCUCGGCGAAGGGGGAUUACGUGUGGCGUUGUCUACCUACUGAUCACCUGACUGAAGAUCUACAUCUCAGUGGGAAGUGGGAAAAAGAUCCCCUUUGAAUUAACCUAGUGAGUUGAGUCAGACCAAGCCUGACCAGGGGACGGUCUCCAGCAUCAUCAAGCUCUGCCGGUCUGUUCACAUAGUAAUGGUGUAGGAGGCGUCCAGCUGGGAGAAGGAGGCGUCCAGCUGGGAGAAGGAGGCGUCCAGCUGGGAGAACUCUUUUAUGGAGCAGGAAGUGAUGCGCAUAUACUCCUCAUCACCACCUGCGAAGGAUGACGAAUCAGGGGGAGAGGAGGAGGAGGAUGACAAUUUGGGGGUUUUCUCCGGGGGCGUGGCCUCUGUUAGGGGUGUGACGGUGUCAUCCAGCCAGCAUCACUCCUUGACGACAGGCCCCGUCCCCCCGACCCCAUCAACAGAUCACUCUGCUGUCAGGAACCCUGCCUUGGCUGAUGCUGGACAUAACAACGGAACACUGACAAGAGGAACCGGAGACCUGAAGAGGCCACAGGCGAUGGACCCAUCUCAACCCGAUUACUCUGUGACUUCAGAAUUCAAGACGGAUCGUUCAGGUUUAGAGGUCAAAGGGCGGCACUGUCACUGUGACCUGCCUGAACGUCCUCUCACCAAUGGUUUAUUUGAGCAGCAUUACCAGGGAACCAUGUCAACAGGUCCUGUACCAGCUGGUCUUAGAGGUCCCAGUCAGGAGUCAGGGUUUGCAGACUUCUCUGUGUUCACCGAACCGGAGAUGGACCUGGAAGCCUGGUGCUGUGGCUUCUCCCACACCGGCACUACGGAACACCAGAAGAACGGCAGGACGAAAGGGUCAAACCUAACCAACGGCUUCUGUGAGGGACACUCCCUAGAGGAGGACACUGAGCAGGAGCCCGGAGGAGAGCCAGACCCUCUGUGUUUGGAAGAACCAGGACACUGUAAACUAACUGGCCUGGAGCCCAUCCUCCCAUCUCAGGGCCUCUCUGCCCCCCAAGAGAGGUUCCCUGCUGGGGGUGAGGAGCUGGGAGGACCAGGUGAAUCUGGGAACAGGACAUCCAGUACCAGCUGGCAUGGUACCCUCAGAUCACUUACACAGGACCCAGAACUGGGAGCAGGGAGGGAGGAAGAUGACGAGGAGGAGGAGACGGAACCAGAGGAGAGCGUGUCUUCUCUCCCCACCACAGUCAGUGCGUCAGUGAGUGAGGAGUUUGCCUCCUUCUGUGAGGCUGUGUUCCCAGACGCUCUGGAGGAGCUUGGCGACUUUGCAGAGACAGUCUUUGUUCCUUCGUCGCCAGGGGAGAAGGAAGAGAAGGAAGCUGAGAAAGAGGUGGUGGAAAUUGAGGAGAAAGAGGAAACUGAAAAGGAGGUGCAGCAGAGUAACCGCAGGGAAAAUCCAAAGAUGGAGGCCGCAAACUUGGAGAAAAAGGUGAACAAUGGAACCUAUCAGGAGGGAUUUACAGACUUAAGCCAAUCAGAAUCCAUGACACAGGAGGGCUUUUCAAACUUCAAUCAAUCAGUCUCUGAGAACCACAAGGGCUUGGCAGACUCUGACCAGGACAACCCAGACCUGACCCAGACCAACCCAGACCUGACCCAGACCUGUGAGGAUAACAGGGGUGAGGAGUGGGGGGAAGGAGUCCUCCCACCCAGUGACAGCUUUGCAGACUUCCACUCUGCUCCUCUAAAGACCUCCACAGAGGAGCAGGGUGACACCAAGGAGAGCUGUUGGGCAUUUGGAGAACAGAGAGGUCUGUUGGAAAGGGAGUCGUGGGCGGAGUUUGGAGAGGAAAGAAACUACAGGACUGAGGAAGAGGAGGGAAGUGCUUCUGUACGAAGGGAUCGUCUGAAGGCCUCCCUGUCUAUUCGGUUACUGAGGAUCCUCCAGACCAGCUUCCCUUCAGUGACAUUCCCAGAACUGGAUCAGAGUGGGUUGGUGGGCCUUGAGGAAGAUAUGGGGUUAGAGGAGAAGGAACAGAGGAGUGUUGAAUUGGUACCCAGCCUCAGGGUCUUGCUAGAGGCUCUGGACACCCAGCCUGAGGAGGGCAAGACAGAGGAGCCACAACUAUCUACAACCCACUGGGUUCCUAGGGGCGCGUGGCGGCAACCUCAGGACGUCCAUGAUGCCGUGGGCCUGGGGUUCCAGUGGGGCGGUUCCCAUAGCAACAGGGCCCUGCUUCACUGUCUGGGGAUGGACACCUGGAACAUGGAAAUGCUGGAGUCUCACCAGGUGAGAGCAGCCCCAGCUGCAGAGGAAGCUGCUUUCGCAGCACUUCCUGGGUCACAGGACACAACCACCUCCACACAGGUCUUUACCAUGUCGCACCAGUAGAGGGCGAACUGAGGCUCUGAUGUGAAGACUAGGAAUGUUUCCACCUACAGGAGCUCCUGACUCAUCUACAGUAAAACAGACUCACCACUACUUCUCUGACAUGUUCAUAAGUUGGAGCCUUGAAGUCAUUUAGAUCCAUUGAGUUAAAGGGGGAACUUUGAUAAAUCAAGGACACACCUCUGAGCCUCACUGCAGUUUGUUCAUCCUGCCAGCAGGGGGCCACCCAGCCUUUUGUCCUCACUUGAAAGGAGCAGCAGUGGCCUCAGCCCCAACUCUCAGGAUGGUACGCCCCCCUCUCAAGACCUCCUCCUCCAGGGUCAGAGAUGAGUCAGCUGGCUACUACACAUCUCUACUCACUGUCCACCUCUCAUCCAUCUCUCAUAGUUGAAAUGUACCUAUGAUGAUAAUUACAGGCCUCUCAUCUUUUUAAGUGGAAGAACUUGGACAAUUGGUGGCUGACUAAAUACUUUUCCCCCCACUGUAUAUUACCCAAAUAGCCCCUGCUUUCAAAAUUUAUUAACUAGCUGUAUUCUAAACUGGAGACCACGAUUAGUUAAUUUUUAGAGUCAGGUGAGUAAGUGUAGAUGUGUUCACCACUGUCUUUCCCUGUCUCUCUAGUGUAGAUGUGUUCACCACAGCCUUUCCCUGUCUCUCUAAUGUAGAUGUGUUCACCACUGUCUUUCCCUGUCUCUCUAGUGUAGAUGUGUUCACCACUGUCUUUCACUGUCUCUUCAGUUGUCUCUAAUGCUGUGGAAUCCUCAGGUUCUCUGUUCUUCUUCCUUAUCAGCUACCUCAUCCAUCCUGUAUUGAUUCAUGUUCAUUAGUUGUAGUGUUUAUGCUUCAGGACUCAUUCAGUGUUAGUGAAGAGAAACAGUCAUAGAAACACUAGGCCAUUUCAAAUGAAAGACAAAGGAUUGUGUCCCAAAUGGUUCCCUAUUCCCUACAUGUUCCAUAGGACUCUGGUUAAUAUGAGUGUAAUGUAUAAGUAAUAGGGCCCAUUUGGGAUGCACACAUUGUCUUUCUAAAAUCUGUGUUUCUAUUGUUUGAUCAUACUGUUAGAAACAGAGACUUCUGUCCAAAGUGACUUAGUUAGAUUUAACACAUACUGGGGUUCAUGUGAAUUUAACUCUGUGUUGGGGCUCUAGUAAAGGAUUCUGGGAGGUGGAUCCUGGACCCCAUUUUAAGGAUUUCAGCAGAUCAGAGAUUUUCUGUCUAAAGAAAUUCCUCAUUAUUUCACUCUUAGACAAAAUGUACUCUUUUCAAAACAACAGUAAACAUUUUAGAAAUCCUAGAGGAAGCCUGGAUCCUCACAUUUUAUUUGAUUAAAGCUGCUAUUUGCUGGUUUGUUCUAAAGCCCUUUUGUAUCAGUUUUUUCAGUUGUAUUUCCAAGUAAGAUGACUGCAUACAGUAUAUACAGUAGACUAACAGAUCCAUCACUGUGAUUUAUACAGUAUAAACAUAAAAGCAAAAUUUUUUAAGGUCCCCCCAGCCCCAAUCAUUUACAUAUUUCAAGGUUAUUUUAGUGUGAUUGCAAUACACACUUGUCUGAAACUCUGUAAAUACCUGAAUAAACCUCUAAUAUAUUACACUUA